CCCUCCGACAUGCGCGAGUCUCAAAGCUCGUGAACACCAUGGCCAGCUCCUUGAGAACAGUGCUUCGACGCCUUAAUGCUACCUCGCGAUCCAAUUGUUCUCAAACAGUUCCUGUUCUCUCGUCAAUCAACCGUGGAUUUCGCUCCAGCAGACGACGGCAAACUGACGGCGUUUUUAGAGAAUUAACUGCCGUAAGAGUACGCACACCAUGGGUAGAAGCUCUCCGGCGACAGCGAGCGGAGGGCCUUGACCAUGCGAAAGCUUCCAGGAAGCCGGAAGUAUCUCCUAAUCGUGAGCUAACGCCAAAGCGAAUGUCAGACAGCUAUCAUUCUGUCAUAUUACCGCUUGCUCAGGAUCCAUGGCUUCUGGACACCUACCUUAAUUCGAGCGGACACAUCCGUCUUGGAACUAUCUUCAUGGACUUGGACGCUCUUUCUGGGGUAAUUGCUUACAAACACACUGGCGACGACGUUACCACCGUCACUGCAAGCUGCGAUCGAAUCUACUUGCGGCACCCUCUGACGGAAAUAUGCGAUCUAGAGCUGAGCGGUGAAGUGACUUACGCAACGGGCAGGUCCAGCCUAGAAGUUUCAAUGCAGGUUGCCAAAGCGCCGAAAGCGGGGGAGACUGUGAAGAAUGAGGACGUCCUAAUCAGUUGCACUUUUACAAUGGUGUCGCUCGACCCUGGGACCAAGAAGCCGGUGAACGUCAACCCUUUGAUAGUCGAAACACCCGAGGAAAAGCGACUCUAUGCCCUAGGUGAACGAAACUCUAAGAUCCGCAGAGAGCGCAACCAGACCGCACUUAUCAAACACACUCCCAACGACCUGGAAAGUGACUUAAUACAUGCCUUUUGGCAGAAGCAUUUGCAAUAUCAUGAUCCCCACGACUCGCUCCGGAAACCAGAGAACGUGCACUUCAUGGACACAACCCGUCUCCAAACUGCCAUGAUCAUGCAACCCCAAUUUCGCAACAGACAUCACUUCAUGAUCUUCGGUGGCUUCCUCCUCAAGCAAACCUUCGAACUCGCCUUUACCUGCACUGCCGCCUUUGCUCACACUCGACCAACUUUUGUCUCGCUUGAUCCCUCCACCUUCCAGAAUCCAGUUCCCGUUGGCAGCAUACUAUACCUUACCGCGACAGUCGUGUACACGGACCCGCCGUUAAUCGGAGCACCAGGAGACCGAGCAGACACAGAGAGCAAAUAUACAAGGGUCCAAGUGAGGGUAGAUUCCAAAGUGAGAGAUGUGGAGCACGGAAGAUCAAAGCCAACUGGCCAGUUCAACUACACAUUCACAGUGGAAAAGAAUAUCCGGGUGAUGCCUAGGACAUACCAGGAAUUCAUGAUGUAUCUAGAUGCGCGGAGACGAGCAGAACAGGUCAAAGAGAGCAUGAAAGAGGAGGGUUUAGGAGUGAGCCCGAAGUUAGCGGAAGAGAGUGUGACGGAGUAAUGGCACUGGGAAGGAACCCUCACUCUAGAUUUGUG